CAUGUGACAUUUUCCGUGUCGCCAUUUUCUGCAGCUACACCGGUGUUCCUGUGAAGAGGUGGCUUCUUCUUGUCGUCCCUGUGUUGCAUGAAAGGCCUUGCAAUUGAAAGUCUUGAGAAUCGACAGAAACGUUGACGUUUAAAAGAAAGGAAAUACACGGUUGUGCGCUUUCACUGUCAGUAGCUUUUCCCUGAGCGCGUGGAAGAAUGUCGUCAGAAAGCCCCGAGUACUCCCCGUUCUUUGCAGUGAUGGGAGCCUCUGCGGCUAUGGUCUUCAGCGCAUUGGGGGCGGCCUAUGGCACGGCUAAGAGCGGCACGGGCAUCGCUGCCAUGUCGGUGAUGCGGCCGGAGCUCAUCAUGAAGUCCAUCAUUCCUGUGGUCAUGGCGGGUAUCAUCGCCAUCUACGGGCUGGUGGUGGCGGUGCUCAUCGCCAACAACAUUUCAGAGAAAGUCACGCUCUACAAGAGUUUCCUCCACCUGGGUGCUGGGCUGAGCGUGGGGCUGAGCGGGCUGGCGGCUGGUUUCGCCAUCGGCAUUGUGGGUGACGCAGGCGUUCGGGGCACCGCCCAGCAGCCCAGGCUUUUCGUGGGCAUGAUCCUCAUCCUGAUCUUCGCAGAGGUCCUGGGGCUCUACGGUCUUAUCGUGGCUCUCAUCCUCUCCACGAAAUAGAGAAAUAAAGAAAAUAACAAAGUCCUUCCAUCCGUCCGUGUACGUCUAGUCAACGCUACGUCAUCCAUUCCAUAUAUAAACAACUAAGAAAUAAAGAACAAAUUGGAGAGCAUGCCUUUACGCCCGGUUCCAAAUCAACUCCCUUUAGCCACUUCUUUCCUAGUGACACUACUUGAUGGUCCUUUGUAGAUCUAAUAGGUAUGAAUAAGUGUUAGCAAUAUGGUAAUAGUAAAGCCACAUACCUACCCCCUACCUACCUACAUUCCUUAAUCAUGCCUGUCAGAUCUACGAGGGAGGCAUCUUGAGGUGUUAUGGGCUGUGCCCCAAAUGGCACCAUAUUCUCUACAUAGUGCACUACUUUUGACCAGAGCUGUAUGGGCCAUAGUGCUCUGGUCAAAAGUAGUGCACUCAAUAGGGAAUAGGGUGCGAUUUGGGACACGACAUGGGGUUGAUUUGGGAUUGGGAGGGAAGUGAAAAGCGUCUCCUCUAUUCCAGUCGUAUCUCUUUUCCUGUACAGUCGUCCUUGAGUCCAGUAGUCAACCCCUUGUAAAUGUAGUGACGCGUUCGUCCUUCCUUCCUCCCAAUUUCCUCUCAUUUGUGUGUGUCUGCUAAAUUGCUUUUAUUAUUAUUGUUCCUUUGUUUUUGUUUUUUGUUUUAAUGUCUGAAGAACUGACUGUUGGACAAAUCAUUUUUUAUUUUUUUUUCUGGGGACCAUUUUCACAUUAAAGGACCUAACUAAUACGAGGACAUGGAAACUAUAUUUUUGUUUUGUUGUUUUUUUCACUAAUUAUUUAUGACGAUUUUGAAAUGUUAAUAAAACUGUUUUAAAUGGAACAAAGUCUUUAUCGAGUUCCCAAUGAGAGAGAGAUGUAAUGAAUGUGUAUAGCUAGGGUUACUAUGGAGACUGUCUCUGAUGUCCAGAUGUGGGCGUUAACUGUGUGUUUAUGCGGCUGGCAUGUAAAAGUGUGUGGCAUGUGAGCGUGCGUGUGUAUGCUGUGUAAGUGUGUUUGUUUUAACACUAAUACGUCAUUCUCAACACUCAUUCGUACGGUUGACCUGUAGUACUGGGGUGUUAUCAUUACUCCAAACGAAAACUAGACAGAUUCUAUUGGACAGAUUCAGGUAGGUUCCCCCCCGUUUGGUCGUAAACUGUUUCCAUUGCAAGACGUUAUGACAACCCCAGCCGUGGGGUUGCAGUUGCUCACUGUCGGGCCUCGUCUGUCUAAUUUCCAAUUAAAUCUCAACCUCCAAACCA